UAUAGUCCAUCUGUAAGACAAGCAACUCAAACUAACAUUUUCUAUCUAUUAAAUUCUGUAUUACAAGACGAAAAUUCAGUACAAGUUCGAAGUUAAUUCACGAUAAUUGUGUAAAAUCUAAUUAAAAAUUACCUUAAAAAUAUGUAUUUCUUACAAGAUUUUCUUAAACGUUACAUGCCAAUUGUAAAAGCAGAAGAAGAAGAAUUGAUUGAUCCCCAAAAAGUACUUCGUGAAAGAUGUUCAAAACAGUCUACAUGUGCAGAUUUGCAAAAACAACUUGACACUUGUAACAAUCGUGUUAAUUCAAAAACUCAAACAGAAGAAACUUGUAUGGAAGAAUUACUUGAUUAUGUAGAAUGUGUAGAUCAUUGUGUGGCAAAAACACUUUUCAGUAAACUUGAAUAAGGUUAUGUAUUAAUUAAAAUUGUGUGAUUUUCAUUAUAAAAUAUGU